UUACGCCACUUCCACUGGGUUUUCAGAGCCCCUUUCGUCUGUCGCGAAGCGGCGCGCGCAAUUUUACAUGAUUGAGAAAUCGACGUGACACAUUCACUAUUCCUGCGCAUCGAACUAACUGGCAGCUACUUGGCUCUUUCCUUCCCCUGACGGUCAUUAGAAAUCAUGACGCAGGCACUUCUUCCUUUGGUUGGCCUCAUUCUGAUAAUAUGGAUUUCCACACGCUAUAUAACCCGUCGUCGUGAACGACUGGCAGAUGAAGCUUUUGGUCGGCACCAUGGCUGUCUUCCCGCUCCGAGACUGCAGAAUCAGAGGCCAUUCGGGGUUGACCGCCUCGAACAGAUCUUUCGAGCCGAUGCUGAAUCACGGUUAAUGGAACUAUUUCUGUUUCAUUUCCGCCAGACAGGCAGUACGCUAGAGCAAAAGUUUCUCGGGACCAAGGCAUAUGGCACCAUAGAGCCGGCCAAUAUGGAGGCUAUCCUUUCCACAAGUUUCAAAGACUUUGGCAUGGGGCCGCGACGAGAUAUCACAUAUCCAAUGUUUGGCGACGGCAUAUUUACGCAGGAGGGCGCUGCCUGGAAACAGUCCAGGGAUAUGCUGCGACCCCAGCUCCAACACAAACAAUACGAAAACUUGGAGCUCUUCCGACCUGCUGUAGACGACCUGAUCCAAAUCAUCCAAGAAAGUAAAGGCACUGUAGAUCUUCAGCCCUUGUUCUUCCGCCUGACGUUGGACACAACCACGGCGUUUCUGUUUGGAGAAUCAGUGCGCAGCCUGAUUACGCCCGAAGCUGUUGGAGAGCGAACAUUCGCAACGUCCUUCAACACUGCUCAGCAAUGGGUCACGAAACGCUUUCGACUCCUCGACCUCUACUGGUUUAUCAAUCCACCAGAGUUUCGACAAGCCUGCCAGGACGUGCACAAGUUUGCAGACCAAAUCAUUGACCGUAAUCUCUCGUCGAACAGAACUGAAAGUAGUGACUCGGGAAGAUAUGUUUUCCUAGAUACCGUCGCGAAAAGGACAAAAGAUCGAACUGCGCUCAGAGGCCAGAUUAUCAACCUUCUAACGGCAGGAAGAGACACAACCGCAUGCCUUCUCUCGUGGACAUUCUUUUUGCUCGUUCGCCAUCCGAAAGUCUUGGAGAAACUGCGCGCGGAAAUCGCAUCCACAUGCGUGCCAGGUUCGAGUCUAAGUCGAGAUGUUCUCAGAAACAUGCGAUAUCUUCAGAAUGUUCUCAGGGAGACAUUACGACUUUACCCGUCUGUUCCUGUCAAUACGCGUACGACAGUGAGGACUACGAUGCUCCCGACAGGUGGCGGGCCAGACCGCAAGUCUCCAGUUCUUAUCCCCAAAGGCAGUGCUGUGGCCUUCAGUGUAUAUUCCAUGCACAGACGCCCUGAUCUUUAUGGCAUGGAUGCUGAACUAUUCCGACCGGAGAGAUGGGACGAAGACAUGCCUUUACAGCACAACCCCACGAACGCAAAAUGGGGUUACCUUCCUUUUCACGGUGGCCCACGCAUUUGCCUUGGAAUGGACUUUGCUCUCACGGAAGCUGCGUACACUGUCGUACGGCUCCUCCAGAGAUUCCAAACCAUCAAGCUUCCAGAAGGGGAGGUUGUAGAGUUGGUGGGCGUUGAGAAACAAACGGCAACGCUAGUAAUAUCAAUCACAGAGGGCUGCAAGGUCGAUAUCGAAUAGUCAUUAAGCUCUAAUAGACGACAUAUUUUGAGCUGGGAGGAUGCAGCAGAGAGAACUAGCUGAGAGGGAUCUUAGCUACAGAGCCUACCAUCUUACGA